AUGGCCCUGGCGCUGCCCAAGCUCAAGGACGAACUGUUAGACGGCGACGAUGAUUGGGAGGACGAGGACGAUAAUAACGUUGGUGAUAGCGGUACAAGCGGUGCAAACAGCUCGGAUGAGCACGAUGACGAAGAUUCUGAUGCUGACGAUGGUUCGGAAUCCGGUUCUGACUCUGACUCUGACUCUGACUCUGACACAAGUGACGGGGACUCGGUCCAAAUUCUUUCUGGCAGCCCGGUUGCGGUAAAUCACCAACAGGCAAUUUCUGUACCAGGAAGUCCAGUCAACUCGAAUCAUGGAGUACAGACACGCUCGAUUCCCAGACUAUCCAACAACGCCAACUCUGAAUACGGAGUGACAUUGGAGAGAGACAUCAUGGAGAACUCUUUACCAAAUAUUGUUGACCUUACGCUCGAGGACGAUGAAGAUGGAUAUAAUGAUACGCAGAAUGAAGCUCUGACUCAAUAUAGCAGUCAGACAAUUUUGGAUGACGGAAUGAAAGCAGAGCCGAUCUCUGAAGAUACCGGCGCGAAUAUAACUGAUACAAACGAAAACUCGAAUACCCAGGAAGAAUCGCUCUUUAUCAAUGGCAACAGCGGUAACUCAACUGGGGAGGUCACAUACAACCACUGCAAAAGUCAAUCUCCAGAAGAAGAGGCAAUACGGGCCAUCAAUGCUCAUAUCAAAGACUCCCAACAACAUGGAAGCCCACCAAGCAGCAAUAGUGACUCGGAGGGCCCCAUCUUUGCGAGUCCGACUCGAUAUGAUGAAAUUGUACAUCAGAGUUCUAGCACAGGGGCGAGAACUGUCCGGAGUGAAAUAUCCUCCUCCUUAUUUGUCGGAAGUGGUGAUCCAAAUAGCUCCAGAUCACCGUCGUCGGAGAGUUCCGCGAGCAAAACGAGCAAGCGUUCUUACAAUGGUAAUGGCAAUAACGAGGGCCCAGACAGAGAAUCCGAGUCCAGGAAGAGGCAGCGAAGCGAGGGGCCAUUUGCUGGUGGUAGUGGUAGCAGCGUGGAAGAUUGCAUAGAGCUUUGA